GUGUUCCGUGUUCCGUGUCAAUUCCAUCGACACAUGUUAAAAAUUUAACCUCAAUCAUUUUUUGGUUAAAUUAAAAAUUGUCCUUCGUCCAAAAAUCAAAAUUGUUUUUCGUAAUUACUGUUCAAAAUGUCCUGGAUAUUCGGCUAUGGUAGAAAUAAAGACCAAGCUCCUGAUCUGUCGCAGUUAGGUCUAGGCUCGCCGGAUGGUGCUGGAGGGAGUUCCGGGGGAGACAAGGAGCCCCCGAGUUUAACGAAAGCCGAACGUAAGGCGAUGGAGGCGUACAGAUUCGAUUCAACAGCCCUCGAAAGAGCAGCGCAAGCUGCAAGAGAAUUGGAAAAAUCAAGACACGCUAAAGAUGCUUUGGAACUAUCCAAACUUCAAGAACAAACCAGACAAGUGGAGCAACAAGCCAAAAUUAAAGAAUAUGAAGCGCAUAUUUCUCAGAUGCAAAUCGAAGCUAAGAGGGCCGAAGCAGAAGAGAAAAGGAAACUUCUGCAAGAGGAAACCAGACAACAUCAAAAUAGGGCCCAGUACCAAGAUCAGUUAGCGAGAAAAAGAUACGAUGAUCAGCUAAUCCAGCAGCAACGUAUGAACGAUGAAAAUCUUCGAAGACAAGAGGAAUCGGUGGCCAAACAAGAAGCAAUGAGAAAAGCUACCAUCGAGCACGAGAUGGAACUGAGACACAAAAAUGAAAUGAAACGAGUUGAGGCGGAAUUAAAAGCUAAAGCAAAAAUCGAUAGGGAAAACAGGGAUUUGACUUUGGAACAGAUCAGGCUGAAAGCAGAACAAAAUAGAGUCACUGUACUGGAAAGCAUAAAGACUGCUGGUUCGGUGUUGGGUGCAGGAGUUCAAACUUUCUUGACCGAUUGGAAUAAAGUACUUACAGCAGCUGGUGGAUUAUCUUUAUUAGCACUCGGUGUAUACACAGCUAAAGGAACUACAUCUAUCACUGCCAGAUAUAUCGAAUCUAGACUAGGUAAACCGUCGUUAGUAAGAGAAACUUCCAGAUUUUCUUUAUUGGAAAGUGCCAAACAUCCAAUCGAAACUAUUAAGAGCCUCAAAAAGACGGACUCUGACGCCCUUUCCGGUAUCAUAUUAGCACCAAAACUGGAAGAAAGAUUGAGAGAUGUCGCUAUAGCUACGAAAAACACAAAGCAGAACAAGGGAUUGUACAGGAACAUCCUUAUGCACGGGCCACCUGGUACAGGAAAGACUAUGUUCGCUAAAAAAUUGGCGAGACAUUCUGGAAUGGAUUACGCCAUUUUGACUGGAGGAGAUAUAGCUCCGAUGGGACGAGAUGGUGUUACAGCAAUCCACAAAGUUUUCGAUUGGGCAAACAGUACGAGAAAAGGAUUGAUUCUGUUCGUUGAUGAAGCUGACGCAUUCCUGCGCAAAAGGUCAUCUGAAAAUAUUUCAGAGGAUCUUAGAGCGAGUCUUAACGCAUUCUUAUACCGAACGGGAGAGCAAAGCCCUAAGUUUAUGCUUGUGUUGGCUUCAAACACGCCCGAGCAAUUCGAUUGGGCUGUUAACGAUCGUUUAGAUGAGAUGGUGGAAUUCGAUCUUCCCGGUCUGGCAGAAAGAGAACGUUUGAUCAGAUUAUACUUCCAGAAAUUCGUUUUGGAACCAGCGACCGAAGGUAUUAGGAGAUUGAAGGUGGAUAACUUCGAUUAUAGCGCCCUUUGUAGCAAAAUGGCCCAAUUAACAGAGGGCAUGUCUGGAAGAGAAAUUGCUAAAUUAGGUGUAGCUUGGCAGGCAGCAGCUUAUUCAUCCGAAGAUGGAGUUCUUACAGAGAAAAUGGUGUUGGAUAAAGUUAAAGAUCACGUUAAACAGCACAAACAGAAAGUGGAGUGGCAAUCUGAACAAGAGAGGAGGGAAUCUAAGAGUAUAUAUCAUUCGGAGAAAGAGGAUUCUUAUAUACCCGCUGGUAUAAAAGUUGAGUCUAUUAAACAGAAAGAUCAAUCGGAAAAUGACACAGUAGCUAAUAGUAAUAAAGAAAAGUCUCAAUCGAAAGUACAAACAAACAAACCAAUAAAAGAGGGCAAAAGUUAAAUCUUGUUUUGUAGGCUAUUAUUUAGUUAAAAGAUAGGUAAUAAGUCAAACGAAAGUUUAUUUUUCAUAUCGUUUGAACUUUGAAUUAAACAAACCGAUUUUUAUUAAAUGGUAAUUUUUUUAAAUAGGAGUUGUUUGAUAACCACAACAUAAUUUGCGAAUAAAUUAACAUCUACUUUUCGAUGGAUCCAUUAAAAUUCAUCAUAAAAAAUUCCUUGCCUUUUUUAAUUAUAUGGUAAAGCGAAUUUUGUACUUACGCUCGAUUUUUGUUCAAUUUUCAAUAAAACUCCUUUCGUUUAUUUUGAGCCCUGCCGGAUUAAGACAUUAGAUGCAUUUAUUUGUAACAAUUUAGACUGGUCUCGAAAUAUGUUUUAAACAUUACGCAUUGUGAUAUUUUGAAUGCAUGUUCCAGAGAAACUCGACUAUUUUCUAUGCAUUCAAAUAAUUAUCUUUUAACUAUUUUGAAAUGAAAAAUUUUGUUAACAUAAAAAAUAAUAAAAACGUGUUUUCUGUAA